CGCAGGUCGCCCCGGGCGCCUCCGCCCACUCGCCCCAUUCCGCAGAGCGAGCCAGGCCGAGGCGCUGCUGCCCGAGUGUCGGAUCCGAGACGUGGCUCCCGGCAGGAAGAACCAUGUUGGAUUUUGCAAUCUUCGCCGUUACCUUCCUGCUGGCGUUGGUGGCAGCGGUGCUCUACCUCUACCCGGCUUCCAGACAAGCUGCAGGAAUUCCGGGGAUUACUCCAACUGAAGAAAAAGAUGGUAAUCUUCCAGACAUUGUGAACAGUGGAAGCUUGCAUGAGUUCCUGGUUAAUUUGCAUGAGAGAUACGGGCCUGUCGUCUCUUUCUGGUUUGGCAGACGCCUUGUGGUUAGUUUGGGCACCGUUGAAGUACUGAAGCAACAUAUUAACCCCAAUAAGACAUCGGACCCUUUUGAAACCAUGCUUAAGUCAUUAUUAAGGUAUCAAUCUGGUGGUGCGAAUGUGGGUGAAAACCACAUGCGUAAAAAAUUGUAUGAAAGUGGUGUGACUCAUUCUCUGCAGAGUAAUUUUGCUCUCCUGCUAAAGCUUUCAGAAGAAUUAUUAGAUAAAUGGCUCUCUUACCCAGAGUCCCAGCAUGUACCCCUCUGCCAGCAUAUGCUUGGUUUUGCUAUGAAGUCUGUUACACAGAUGGUAAUGGGUAGUACAUUUGAAGAUGACCAGCAGGUCAUUCACUUCCAGAAGAAUCAUGGCACAGUUUGGUCUGAGAUUGGCAAAGGCUUUUUAGAUGGAUCACUUGAUAAAAGUACUACUCGGAAAAAACAAUAUGAAGAUGCUCUUAUGCAACUGGAAUCUAUUUUAAAGAAAAUCAUAAAAGAACGAAAAGGAAAGAACUUCAGCCAACAUAUUUUCAUUGACUCCUUAGUACAAGGGAACCUUAAUGACCAACAGAUCCUUGAAGACAGUAUGAUAUUUUCUCUGGCCAGUUGCAUAAUAACCGCAAAAUUGUGCACCUGGGCAAUCUGUUUUUUAACCACCUCUGAAGAGGUUCAGAAAAAACUUUAUGAAGAGAUAGACCAUGUUUUUGGAAAGGAUCCUAUUACUCCAGAGAAAAUUGAGCAGCUCAGAUAUUGUCGGCACGUACUUUGUGAAACUGUUCGGACUGCCAAACUGACCCCAGUUUCUGCCCGGCUUCAAGGUAUUGAAGGAAAGAUUGACAAAUUUAUUAUUCCUAAAGAGACCCUUGUUCUUUAUGCGCUUGGUGUGAUACUGCAGGAUCCCAGUACUUGGCCAUCACCACACAAAUUUGAUCCAGACCGGUUUGAUGAUGAAUCGAUGAUGAAAACUUUCUCCUUGCUUGGAUUCUCAGGCAUGCAGGAAUGCCCCGAGUUGAGGUUUGCAUAUAUGGUGGCCACAGUUCUUCUGAGUGUACUGGUGAGGAGGCUGCACCUACUUUCCGUGGAGGGACAACUUAUUGAAACUAAGUAUGAACUGGUAACAUCAUCCAAGGAAGAAACUUGGAUCACUGUCUCAAAGAGAUAUUAAAAUUUUAUAUGUUUAACUUUCUGAAGGAAAAUGAUGGUUUAGAAAAUCUAUAUUGAAUCUUUUUAUAAACCAAGUAAUACUAUACCUACUCAUACGUCAUUAUGUAAAUUUGGAUUUUUGUAUAUCAGAUUUUCUUAAUGCAUGAUAUACAUUUAUACUUAUUGCAUCAAUAUAAUGAUGGUUCUAACAGGAAGCUCUCUAUUUUAAUUUUUGUUUAAUCACUUUCUGUUUUUUAGUUUUUGUUUUGUUUUAUCACUUUCUAUGCCAUUAUCUUCAUAUUAUUUUUCUUAGUUUGAUCUCUAAUUUUCUUGAAGAGAGACAUUAUUUUGCACACUUUGGGGAAUCAUGUUUUCUGAAUAUUCAUAAAAGGAAAACAUCCCAACUUCUUUUCAUACUUUACAUCACUUUAAAGAGGGAAAACAAGGACUUUCCAUAAUUUUAUUUCUUGAAUUAACAUGUUUAUUUUCUGAGUAUAAAUUAGUUUAAGUUUAAUCAUUGUUAUUAGGUUGAGUGACCUACCUUGUACUUGCCUACUUUUAUGCCUCCCAGAUAAUAGUGUUCAUUUCAUGACUUAUACAAAGCUCAUAAUUUUGAAUGGUUCUGAGUCGUUUGGAAACUCCUGAAUGUGUUUUGAAGUGCCACCUAAGUGACAAACUAAGAUUGAGGCUUGUCUUACCUUCUGUUUUGCCGGAAAUUUUAGUAGCACUAUAUUGCUUAACCAAUUCUCAUUUGUGGGAAAAACUGAAUCCCUAAUUUGUUGUUAUUAUGUCAUAUAAUGAACUUAAUGAUUAUGAAACAAGAAAGCACCAACUAAAAACCAAAACCAAAUUUUAAAAAAAGAAAACAAACAUUACAAAACAUAUGACAGGGAUAAUAUCCAUAUGAUAUCCAUAUGAUAUCUAAAUAGCUUGUAUAAGUUGGUAAGAAAACAUAAUAGAUAAAUGGUCAAAAGACAUAAACAGCUUUUAGAGGAGGAAGUAGCAAUUCAACCUUUAGGAAUGAAGGUCAGUCUCACUAGUAAGCAAAGAAAUAUUGGGGCUAUGUUAAAAAUAUUUUAAGUGGCUUUGAAAAUUUACACCUUGUAUUGAUAAGUUUUAUAUUUAGUACUUUUUAUUGAUAACACUGUAGUUUAGUCCACUUUUUUUGGUUACAUUGUUCUUGAGGAACUUUUUUUUUUUAAGACAACAACUGGAGGAAAUAUGCCAAGUGCAGAUAGAGAGGAAAGGGAGAAAAAUGAUAACUGUUUGCAAGUGGGUUUAUUUUUGACAUUGCUCAAUUCCUCUUGUAAUUUUAGUUUCAAGACUACCCUAGUUAUUGAGUUAUUUUAUGCUGUGUUUAUGGUCAGAUAGGAUUUAACAUUUAAAACUAGUUAGGAGUGGUUAAAAUAGAAUUUAAGAAAUUAGAUGCAGCUUUUAUAUCUGACGAAAAUAGUUAAUUUAUGGAAUAAUUUAAAUUCUAAAACUUUAAGUAAAAUGUAUUCUUAGUUCUCAGCAACAUGUUAUUUCAAAAAGGCACACUGUUAAAUUCCCUCCUAUCAUUUUGUAUGGUUUUGUGUAUAUAGAGCAUCUUCCUUUAUUAUCCAAGUACCUUAAUUGGUUUAGAAACUGGCAGUGGAAAGUUAGAGUAGGCAAUUGAUAUGUAGACCAAGUGUCCGUAAAAUCAGAUGAGAUGAGGAGAAUUUUAAAGCAAGUGAGACCUGAUCAGCAAUGAUAAAGGGAAAAAUAGGGCAGCUGAACAGAGAGUGAGGGAAUUGGCAUAUUGCCAACAUAUAAGCCAAUGUAUAAUUACUAAUAAUGAUUUGAAUUAAGGAAAAUAAAAGAAUCAGGUAAAUAAGCAAAUUUUAUCAGUGGUUAUGUGACUAACUUAAAACAUUACACAUAAAUUAUCUUCUAGUGGAUUUUAAAAAAUAAAAAUACUGUUAACCAUGUAUAAGUUUAUCCAUUCACUGUUGUUCUUACUCGGCCCUUUAUAUUUAUCAAAUGACUAAAAUUGCAUACCCUCAGUGUCAGUAAUGUCUUGUAGCAGGACUCCUAAGUUUUGUAGCUUUUUGGGUUUUUUAAAACUACUUCUUAUCUGAUUUUGAUCUGCAUUCUUUUUGACUAUUGAGAAGUUUAUUGUUAAAAACACCAGCAUAGGACACCUGAGUGCUUCAGUUAAGCAUUUGACUCUUGAUUUCAGCUCAGCUGGUGAUCUCAGGGUCCUGAGAUCAAACCCCAGGUCAGGCUUCAUGCUGGACAUGGAACCUGCUUAAGAUUCUCUCUCUCCCACUCCUUCCUUCCUCCCUGUCUUUUUCUUUCUCUCUCCUUCCCUUAAAAAAAAAAAAAAAAAAAAAGAUUAUGGAAAGAAAGGGCUCUUCCACACUUUGUGCUAAUAAAAUUCAAGGCAGAAUUGAUUCUGUGCAUGUGUUUGGGAAAAAUGACAAACUCGCAUGCUGUUUUAUCUGGCCCACAAAUGUGCAGUUCCAUUUUUUUUAUAUAAGUAGAUUCUAUCUUAUUUAUAGACCCUAUGUAAAAAUGUAUUUGUCUUGUUUAUCUUAAAAUAGUUUAUAUUUUAAAACAAAAUGUUAUAUUUUUUUGUCAUGAAAAUUAUAUAGGUUUGCUGUAGAAAAAUUUUGGAAAUACAGAAACACAAAAAUAGGAAACAGACUCACCUGUAGUCCCACUACUUGGAGUUAGCCAGUCAUAAAUUUCUGGGGUAGCUGCUUCUGCUCUCUUUUAUAUCCACUUACAAUUUUUAGACAGAUUAUAUAUAAUGUUCUCUACAUGUACUAUCUUUUUAAAAUUAUUUUUAUUUAUUUAUUCAUAAGAGACACAGAGAGAGAAGCAGAGACACAGGCAGAGGGAGAAGCAGGCUCCUUAAAAAAAAAAAAAAAAAGCAGGCUCCUUGAGGGGAGCCUGACAUAGGAGGACUUGAUCCGUGGAUUCCAGGACCACACCCUGGGCUGAAGGCGGUGCUAAACCGCUGAGCCACCCAGGCUGCCCUCUACAUGUACUAUCUUAUGAACAAGUAGCAUUUUCUACAAUUGGAACAUUAAUAUCCUUCUCACUCAGAAAGUAAGCACAGAUUUUCAUCAUUUCUUUUUCUCUCCUCUUCCCCUUUGCAAGUAUUGUUAUUCCUUUCAAUACUGAAAAUGGCUUUACUUCCUCCUCCAUUUAUCAAAACAGUAAUUUAUAUAUUGGUACAUCUGAGUUGCUAAGGCAUAGAAUAGUCUAGGUGUUACAAUGAGCAUUUAAGAAAUGAAAUUACUCUUAAAAAAUGUUAUUUAUUUAUUUAUGUAUUUGAGAGAGAGCAAUUGAGAGAGCACAAGCAGGGGGAACAGCAAAAGGAAAGGGAGAAGCAGACUCCCCACUGAGCAGGGAGCUUGCUGCAGGGCUUGAUCCCAGGACCCCGGGAUCAUGACCUGAGUUGACAGCAGAGGCUUAACUUACUGAGCAACCCAGGUGCCCCUGAAAUUACUCUUCUAUCCUAAGAAAAUUAUAAUUAAAUUCAGAUUGAGGUGGCAUUUCAGCUUUUAGGAAGAAAUCUUAAAAGAGUCUCUAUUGUUGUUUUUGGACUCUGGGGCAAACAGAUUAAGAUUCUUCUCUUGAAGCCAUCUUCAUUUUUUUCUCCAGAUCCAUGAAAAGUGCUGUUAACCUAUAAAAUGUACUUUUUUCACAUGUGGUUAUAUUGACAGAUUGAAAACUGUUUAAACAAUUCUAAUGAGUCUCUAAAACUGAGGGCAUGGGCCAGUAAAUAUCAUGGAGUAAGUAAGGUUAGUAGUUAUGAGAGGAUAGCUUGUGAGAGAAAUGGACACUAUUUUCAAGGGCAGGUUUAUAUAAUAUCAACAAAUUGAUACUAGUGACCUUAUUUCUCUCCUCAGCCAGUCCUAUGCCUGUUUCCUAAGUACUAAGACCAAUGAUUAAGGUAGAAAGGGAGAAGGGGGGUGGGGGUGGGUGGGUAGGUAGGACAACAAAGCAGUUACUGUUACUACAGAAGUCAGAGGAAAUCAGCACAGCCAGAAAGGCUUAGUACAAUGUUGCUUUGAGGCACUGUGUGUGCCUUCCACUGAUAAAAAGGAGUGAGACUGAAUUUACAGCAAGAGUUAAGCUCAAGUAGGAAGGGGAGUGGAAGGAGCAUUUGUUAUAAACCAAAUACUUUAUAUACCUUUCUUUAGUCCUUUAGAGCAUGGUUUUUCAUUUCUGCUGGAAAAAAUACUAUAAAUGAAUAUAGGCAUAUAGUUGCUAAGAAAUAGAAAGUAAAUGAUCUAAAUUUCAAAUUAGUAUCUUCAGUGGGGUUUAUUGACGUAUUUUGUUAUUUAAGGGGGAAUCAAGCUAUAGUUUCCAAUGAUGUAGUGUUCAUAAUAGUUAAAGAAACUGACUAAAAAGGGUAUUGUAAAAGCAGUACUAAAAGAAAUCUUAAAGAAAACUGAUGCUACCAACUCAGCCAUAUCUAUAAUUGAUUAAAUUUUUUUCUGUUUCCACAUACAUAUAUUUUUACACAUUGCCAUCAUAACAGUAUGGUUUGCUUUUCACUUAAUGAAUUUUAAACAUUUUCCUUUGUUACUUUUAUAAGGGCUUUGGGGAAUAGAUUUUAGGGGGUAAGAAGGGGAAUAGACUUAAACUAAAAUUAAAAUAAAUAAGAUAAAAAUCCUUGAAUUAAGCACUACAUUUAUUUUGAUGACACUGAGUGACUGAAUGGAUAAUUGUAAAACUGGAGUUGGAAACCAUUUUUUAAAACAUCCAGGCGAUAAACAAAGGGGCAGGAAGGACAUUCCUCUUCCAUUCAACUCCCUUGUGUAAUCGAUUUACAGUUUGGGGCUUUCUAGAAACUGGGAAUGCAUCUUGUUAUAGCAUGUAAUAAAAUGUCACGAGCAAAUAAUAUCCUGUUUGGUAAUUAAAAAAAAACCCCACAAUUGUAUUAAUAUCUGAAAUACUUGCAAAUUCUUGUUAUAAUUUUUAACACAGGAUAGUAGGAAACAAAAUUUUACUUGACCAUUUUAAGUAUGUUAUAAAGUUGUAAAGAUUGCCAAAAAGGCAGUCGGGGGAUCCCUGGGUGGCUCAGUGGUUUGUCACAUGCCUUUGGCCCAGGGCAUGAUCCUGGAGUCUUGGGAUCAAGUCCCACGUCAGGCUUCCUGCAUGGAGCCUGCUUCUCCCUCUGCCUGUGUCUCUGCCUCUCUCUCUCUCUCUCUCUCUCUCUCUCUCUCUCUCUCUCUCUCUCUCUCAUGAAUAAAUAAAUAUUAAAAAAAAGGCAAUCAGUAUUUUUGAAGAAAUGAUUGAAAUCUUUGUUGAGGUUUUCUGUGCAUGUAGAAUAAAGUAAAGGUGAUUACUAAAUAGUUGAGUUUUCUAGGUAGCCAAACUACCUCUAAUGCUAGUAGAACUUUGUGAUAUGCUAAAUAUCCCAUGACUAGACAUAUUUAAAAUGUUUUGUGGACAUCUUUUUGGUGGUGCCUAUACUAGGUAUGAACAUAGAUUUAUAAUGAUUUUUCUGUCAUUAUACAAAAUGUCAACCAAAAUAGUUGGGUAAGCAAGUAGUCCUUUCUUCCUUCUAUAUCUUAUCAUUAAACCAGGAAAUCUUUAAGGAACACAGUUUUUUUAAAAAUUAGGUUAGCGAGAGCAUUAUUUCCUAAAGUAUGUUUCAUGGAACACUGUCUUGUGAUAUUCUGAGGAAAAGGUAACUUAAUCAUACUCACUCUCAGAUUCUCUAUAUUUUUUCUCAGAUAUUUAGAAUACAUAUUGAUGUAUCAGAAGUGCUGAGAAGUUCAUCUGUAGAGAAACUUAUUUUAACUGACAUAACCCUGAAUGUUCCUAAUUUUUUUAAAGAUUUUUAUUUAUUCAUGAGAGACAGAGAGAGAGAGAGAGAGAGAGAGAGGCAGAGAGAGAAGCAGGCUCCAUGCAGGAAGCCUGAUGUGGGAUUCAAUCCCAGGACUCCAGGAUCACUCCCUGAGCCAAAAGCAGACGAUCAACUGCUGAGCCACCCAGGCAUCCCUUCCUAAUGUUUUUGAUGUAGGUUCCCCUUUUUUCAGUUUCACCUUUUAUUCUGUAAAACCACUAUUUCAUGGAAUGAGUCUUCUGAAGAACAGAACCCUUUUUGUCCAACAUGACCUAGAGACAAAUAGUAGUCUUAAGGAAUGUCUGUCUUGGCUGGUUCCUUAAACUAUGUGUGGUCCAGAGGCUCUCUAGCUUAGGAACAACUAUAGUCUUAGAACCAAACCACCUGAAUUCUAUAUUCUUUAUUUGGAGAGAGAGGGAAAGAGAGAAGGAGGAGAAGGGGCAGAUGGAAAGGGAGAAGCAGACUCCCUGCUGAGCAGGGAGCCCUGACAUAGGGCUCAGUUCUGGGACUCCAGGAUCAUGACUUGAGCCAAAGGCAGACACUUAACUGAGCCACCCAGGUGCCGUUCUGAAUUCCAUAUUCUCUCACUCCCUUGUCUCUACCUCUUUUCCCUGUGAGAGUACAGCACCCAGUAGCUCUGCUGAUUCUCCCUUACACUGCAGUCCUGACUUAUAUUCCCAUCCAAAGACAUGAGACUUAUUUUAGUCUGGAAACAGUUUUUUAUUGAGCAUGCCAAGUCUUAGACUAGGCAGUGGAAAUGUAACAAUGAACAAAACAGACAUGACAUUAGAACUGUGUUCUCUCUUUUCUGUGCUCUACCUCAGGAUAGGCAACCCUAAAAUCUCGACAUCCUAGAGCUUAACCUUCUAGCAUCUAGCACUCAGCUCUCUAGGUCCUGGCUUUUGAAAGUAGCUCAAGGAUCCUUUAGGUUAGCAGCUUAAAGGGACAUACAUAGGAAAGAACUUCUAGAUGAUUACAUGACACUUGGAAGGCUUCAUUCAGUUACAGGCUGUAGGGAGGGAAGAACAGGAACUAUUAGAUGGCAAACCAUGAUUUUUGCUAUUUUUCGUUAUGAGCAAGAGAAGAAUCUAGGGGUCUUAUCAAGUAAAACCGUCAACAUUGAUGCUAAAAGGAAUACUGUAGAACUUUCAGGGUGAGAUGAAACUAUACUAAGAAUCGGUUUGACUCGCCGGGACACCUGCACCCCGAUGUUUCUAGCAGCCAUGUCCACAAUAGCCAAACUGUGGAAGGAGCCUCGGUGUCCAUCGAAAGAUGAAUGGAUAAAGAAGAUGUGGUUUAUGUAUACAAUGGAAUAUUACUCAGCCAUUAGAAAUGACAAAUACCCACCAUUUGCUUCAACGUGGAUGGAACUGGAGGGUAUUAUGCUGAGUGAAGUAAGUCAAUCGGAGAAAGACAAACAGUGUAUGUUCUCAUUCAUUUGGGGAAUAUGAAUAAUAGUGAAAGGGAAUAUAAGGGAAGGGAGAAGAAAUGUGUGGGAAAUAUCAGAAAGGGACACAGAACAUAAAGACUCCUAAC